ACUUUGAUGCUUUUGUAUACCACAAUACUUUUUAUGUAAUUAUGCUUCCCUCGGAUGCCGAUGGCGCGAUGGAUUAGAAAUCGCGGCUGGUUCCAUGGGGAUCGAUGAUGUAGCAGGCCAUCAUUAUCACUAAUCAAUCGACCCAGGCGGGGUAAUUAAAUCGAAAUCGAGAUAAUUCUUUAAGUUCCACUUUAGAGGAUUUACGUCUCAUUUAUCUUCGUCAGUCACAAUGGCUUCCAAGCAGCCCGACAUUACACUUUACACUGCGCAAACCCCGAACGGGAUCAAGAUCUCCAUUACCUUGGAGGAACUGGGACUGCCGUACAAGGUCGAGAAGAUUGAUAUCAGCAAAAACACCCAGAAGGAGGAAUGGUUCCUUAAGAUCAAUCCGAACGGGCGCAUCCCCGCGCUGACCGACACAUUCAGCGACGGGCAGCAGAUCCGGCUGUUCGAGUCCGGCAGCAUCAUGCAGUACCUCGUCGAGCAGUACGACACGGAGUACAAGAUCUCGUACCCGCGCGGGAGCCGCGAGUACUACGAGAUGAACAACUGGCUGUUCUUCCAGAACGCCGGCGUAGGGCCGAUGCAGGGGCAGUCGAACCACUUUGUGCGCUAUGCGCCCGAACACAUCGAGUACGGGGUGAAGCGGUACACCAACGAGACGCGCCGGCUGUACGGCGUGCUGGACAAGCAUCUGGCGUCCUCGAGCUCCGGGUAUCUGGUCGGCGACCAUGUCUCGAUCGCGGAUAUCUCGCAUUGGGGCUGGAUUGCUGCUGCCGGGUGGGCGGGCGUCGACAUCGACGAUUUCCCCCAUCUCAAGGCGUGGGAGGAGCUGAUGGCUCAGCGCGUCGGCGUUGAGAAGGGGAGGCAUGUCCCCUCGCCGCAUACCAUCAAGGAUCUGCUGAAGGAUAAGGCGGCCAUGGAGAAAGAAGCUGCUAAGUCGCGCGCGUGGAUCCAGCAGGGGAUGAAGGAGGACUCGAAGAAAUAGUUGAACCUUUAUUCAAUCCUAUUUGGUUGAACAGUAACUACCUGGGUAGUGGAUUGUUUUGUUCCUGUUAUUGAAGGUGUCACAAUCAGUAUUACAUAAUCUAUUAGUCAGGAUC